AUGGGACAGUCCACCUUCAAGUGCCUCUUUCUCAAGGGUCUUUUUGAGCAUAGUCAAGUGUACCAUACAGUGUUGGUCUUUCUGCUGAUUCCAUGCAGCUUGACUCUGGAUUUUAGGGCACCCCCGAUUAUCCCAAAUAUUCCUUUCCUCUGGGCAUGGAAUGCCCCAACAGAUAAAUGUCUUGGAAAGUAUAGUGAGCCAAUAGAUUUGAAAAUCUUCUCUUUAAAAGGAAGCCCCAAGAAAAGUCUUACAGGGCAGGGUGUCACAAUAUUUUAUACUGAUCGACUUGGUUACUAUCCUCACAUAGACAGCUCACAAACAAGUAAGUACGGUGGAAUCCCUCAGUUGGGGCUUUUAAAGGACCAUCUGGACAAAGCCAAGACUGACAUUUUGUACUACAUGCCCAUGGAUAAUGUGGGCUUGGCUGUCAUUGACUGGGAAGACUGGAGACCUACCUGGGAGAGAAACUGGAAACCCAAGGAUAUUUACAGAAAUAAGUCUGUUGAGUUGGUCCAGCAACAGAAUGCACAACUGAGUCUCUCAGAGGCCAUAAAGUUAGCCAAAGAAGAGUUUGAAAAGGCAGGAAGGAGUUUCAUGGAAGAGACUUUAAAACUGGGAAAAGCCCUUCGGCCAAACCACUUUUGGGGUUAUUAUCUUUUUCCUGAUUGUUAUAACCAUAGAAUUCAUGACCCCAAUUACAGUGGAUUUUGCCCUAAUAUUGAAAAGCAAAGAAAUGAUGCUCUUGGCUGGUUGUGGAAUCAAAGCACAGCCCUUUACCCAUCCAUCUAUUUGCGAAGUGACCUGAAGUCAAAUCCAAAUGCAGCACUCUAUGUGCGCGGCCGAGUGCAGGAGGCCAUUCGGGUCUCUAAAGUUCCAGAUGCUAGAAAUCCACUACCAAUCUUCGUUUACACUCGUCUUGUUUUCACUGAUAAGAUUUUUGAGUUUCUGAGUCAGUAUGACCUUGUGAACACAAUUGGUGAAACUGUUGCUCUGGGUGUCUCUGGAAUGGUAAUAUGGGGAACUACUGCUUUAGCACGAAGCAUGAAAACUUGCUUGACUCUUCAUGAUUACAUGGAAACAACACUGAAUCCAUACUUAAUCAAUGUCACCUUAGCAUCCAAAAUGUGUAGCCAGGCACUUUGCGAGGACCAAGGUGUGUGCACAAGGAAAAAUUGGAAUUCAAAUGAAUAUCUUCAUUUGAACCCAACAAAUUUUGCUAUCCAAUUUCAGCAAAAUGGAAAGUAUGAAGUACGUGGCAAACCCACCGUUGAUGACCUGGAGUAUUUUUCCAAAAAAUUUCGUUGCAACUGUUAUGCCAACUUGAAUUGUAAGGAGAGAAAUGAUAUGGACAAAGUUCGUGCUAUAAAUGUGUGUGCUUUUGAAGAUGUUUGCAUAAAUGUCUUACUGUACUCAGAUCCUAGUUCUGAACCUGACGCUUGGCAAGCGUCAUCUCUUGCUAACACCAUUCAAAACACUGAUCAGUUGUCAUCCAGUCCAAUAUCUGCCACAGUGCCUCCAUGCAUUCCUAGGACAUACAUCGGCAUGUGCCUCUUAGUUCUUUCUAUCUAUUUGUUAUAG